AAUCUUGCUUCUUUUACAGUCGAGCUGUCCUCCCUUGCUGUAAACCUCCGAUAUGUUUGUACAGCGGAGACUUGCCCGCAGAUGAAAGCAACCGAGGAGUGGAUGUAUCUUUGCGCUGCCCGCAAACAGCCGCAGGCGAGUAACUCUUCUAUUGACUACAUCAUCCACACCCUUGAUGGGACCUGCGCCCUUCUCAACUCCAACAAGAGGAGGAGCAGCAGCAGCAGCAGCAGGCGUGAACGGGCUGAUGAUUGCUUUCAGUCCAUCACCAGGAGACUUUAUCGUGUGUUGUCUCACUGUUUCUUUCAUCACAAAGAAAUAUUCGAGGACUUCGAGAAGAAUAAUCACCUUUGCCUUCGGUUUGUUGCCUUUGCUAAGGCCCAUGACCUGAUCCCCCCCAAGCUUCUCAUCAUCCCGCAGAGCGGGUUCCUGUCGUGUGUGCACACGCAGACGCAGCAGUCAUAA